CUGAGCCUGCUCCGCUCUCCCUCCUGGUGCAUUGUGGUCUCUGUUCUAAAGGAAGCUGCUUGCACCGGAAUCUGAAGAAUUCGAGGUGUCCGCCAAGUCUGCGUUACCUCGGCAGCUCGUCUUUCCUCUCUCCGCACCUCUGUCUUAUUCUUCAGCACCCUCCCUGUUGGCACACUGUUGAUCAAGGAGGAAAGAAAAAUGUCUCAGGCGGACAAAAUGGACAAAAUGAAGCAGGGGCAGUUCACCAACCCAGAGACCCCGGGGUACGUUGGAUUCGCCAACCUUCCAAAUCAGGUUCACCGCAAGUCAGUCAAGAAAGGGUUUGAGUUCACCCUUAUGGUUGUAGGUGAGUCGGGGCUCGGAAAAUCCACCUUGAUCAACAGCCUCUUCCUUACUGAUCUUUAUCCUGAAAGAGUCAUCCCCGGGGCAGCAGAAAAGAUUGAGAGGACGGUUCAGAUCGAAGCAUCGACCGUAGAAAUAGAGGAGAGAGGGGUGAAGCUCCGCCUCACCGUCGUAGAUACUCCAGGAUAUGGAGACGCCAUCAACAGCCAGGACUGUUUCAGCACCAUCAUCGCCUACAUCGACGACCAGUUUGAGCGCUACCUCCACGACGAAAGUGGCCUAAACCGCAGACACAUUGUAGACAACAGGGUUCACUGCUGCUUCUACUUCAUCUCCCCUCUGGGCCACGGCCUGAAACCUCUGGAUGUCCAGUUCAUGAAGGCCAUCCACAACAAGGUGAACGUGGUUCCAGUCAUCGCCAAGGCCGACACGCUCACCCUGAGAGAGAGGGAGAGGCUGAAGCGCAGGAUUCUUGAUGAGAUCGAUGAGCACGGUAUCAAGAUCUAUCACCUCCCUGACGCCGAGUCGGAUGAAGAUGAAGACUUCAAAGAGCAGACCAGGAUCCUCAAGGCUAGCAUCCCGUUUGCAGUGGUGGGCUCCAACCAGCAGAUUGAGGCCAAAGGGAAGAAGGUCAGAGGUCGCCUGUACCCGUGGGGUGUGGUGGAGGUGGAGAACCCAGAACACAAUGACUUCCUGAAGCUGCGGACCAUGCUGAUAACCCACAUGCAGGACCUGCAGGAAGUGACCCAGGACCUGCACUAUGAGAACUUCCGCUCGGACCGCCUCAAGCGGGGUGGCAGGUUGUCCUCCCAUGGUUACGUUCUGCCUCUGUCUCCUGCGAAGGCCCCGGAGCCAGAGGAAAUGGACAAGGACAUGAUUCUGCAGGAGAAGGAGGCUGAGCUGAGGAGAAUGCAAGAGAUGAUCGCUAAGAUGCAGGCCCAAAUGCAGAACCAAGGAGAGGGAGAUGGUCAACAUGUGUAGAAGGAAAGAAAAAAAAAAACAUAAGCAAACAUCGUCUUUGGUGGAUUUCAACCUGCGACCAACUGACCCUUAAUGUUUAGUUCCAGAUAGAAUCUGAAAUCUUCUUUUUUUUUUCUUUUUUUUACAUUUAGUUUGAUAUAGUCAGUGUUAUGUUUAUAUAUUUACAUAUAAAACUUUAUUUUCUUUCUAUUUUUUAUUAUGUAUCCUUUUUUUUUUAUGCUUAGAUGAAGUCAAGUCAUCCAUCUCACUAAGAUGGUGGCCCACGUUUUGCUGGGAUGUUUCUGUUACAUUUAUUUAAUUUGUGGACGACUUCUGUUCAGAAAGCCAAAGUUUUGCUGCAUCUGUACAGAGGUUUGUGAAAAAUAAUUCCUGGGAGAGCCAACUAUGGUGAGAACUAUUAAAAAUGCCUAUAAUCUCCACCCCUUUUUUAACCUAAUGUUCCACAUAUAUGAAUUUUCCAUUUAAUAGGACCUAUCCUGCUCAGUGUUACCCAGUUUAAACUCUCUAACUGGACCCAUCCUCUAACAUGUAAGCGUUCAGAAGGUGACAGUUUUAAAGGAAUAAAAGCGUUCAGCCUUCAGCCUCACCAGGUAGAAAUCAAAGGUUUUUAUUCAGGCAUAGUUGAGGUCAGGUUUUUAUCCAGUAGUGCUGUUCUCAGAUCAGUGUAGCCAUAUUUAAACUGCCUUUCACUGUGGUUAAGCUGAGGCUUCUAACAGUCUUCCUGUGCACCUGACUGGAGUACCGAGGCAUGACGUCUGUUUGGUGCUUUAAACUAACCGGGUGCUUUUAUUCUCAUGAGAAGUGUGACGUGGCGCAGCAGUAGCAGUGUGUGUGUUCUGUGUUAGAUGGAAGUGGUGAAUUGUGAUGGUUUAACCCUGAACUCGUCCCAGCUGCUGAGAGCUCCGGGGUCGGGAGGCGACUCGAUGGGGCCAACGUUCCUCAAACCAGCCAAGAUUUGGGUUCUCCACAUUCCUCUUUUGUGCCGUUUCUACCCAACAUUAAGCACCAAAUAUUGUUCUUUAUGCAUAUAUUGAAUAAAAAAAAUGUUUAUUAAACUUUCAACAAAC